AUCCACGAAAGUAAAAUGCUGAUCGCCAGUGCAUCCAACAAUCAAACAAUUGCUCCUACGUCAUCCGUAAAGCUACGGAGAUCCCGCCGAUUAUCAUCCACCAGAGGAUUAAAGCAACGAACCACCGCAAAUAUCCCGAAGGAUUCUCUUCCUUGCCAAGACCCCCAUCGGAAACUCGGUCUUUGUGCCGCAUUGAGCGAGAACAUCGACGAGGACAACACGAGAGGCAGACUACUGAUAAACUGGGAGAUGAACGAGAGGAUCAGCUUGAGCAGUGGCUCCAGUGUCGGAUUGGCGAUUCGUCCUGACAGCAGGAAGGGUAUCGAAUUCAGCGAGAAUCGCAGAAGGGAAAUUGAAAGUAGAUCGAAAAUCGUCGAAUGCUCGGAACGAAAUAGAGAAGCGAAGUCAUCGUCAUCAACUAAACCGACAUUGGAGUUGAUGAACGUGUCCGGAUUCCCCUCGAAUGUCGAUCGAAAGCACCGUGGAAGUUCCCGCUCGAUUGAGAUCGACACGGCGGACGAGAAUGUUCUCAAGAGCGAUUCGAAGUACGAAAUCGGUACUCCUAGUAAUCGAGGCUCCGCAACAAGAAAGCAGAGGCAACAGAACACGCUCAGGAAGGAUAAUGUCGACACGACGAGAAGGUGGACCAAGGAUAAGUCCGGUGACUCCAUUUCGAAACGGCUGGAAUUAAUCCACGAGCUCAAUCAGAAGAUUCUGGCUAACUACGAGAGGUUCCAGCAGAGAUCGAAGCGUGCCAAGGACACGAAGGAACAGACUGUCAAGAAUUGUGCCAAGGAUAGCGUUGAUCCCGAGGAACAUGUUUAUACGGAGAUCAAGAGGAGAAAUAAAACAACCUGUGGAACGAGAGAUCGGAAGAACCAGGGUAUUUUUAAGCAGGAUAUCUCUAACCAGGAAACUUGUAGAAAAGAAUCCUCCAAGCGAGAUACUUGUAGACAGGCGGAUAAUAAAUCAGUCUUAUCUAAAAGUUACUACGAAAGUAUCAAAGGCCGAACGGAGAAGAGAGACAUUUCAAGAGCUACGAAUAAACCCGAUCGCAGGAUCGUUUGCGAGAACAUGAAUUUCAGCAUGGCGGCUAAGGAAAAUUUCUUCUAUCAGGCAGACGAGAAGACGCUGCAGCCGUCGAAAUAUGUGAAAUUGAAAAACAAGAAGGGAAGAUUGUCAGAGGGAAGUUCGGUCUUCUAUGCAAACGAGGACGACGUUCCGCCAAAGGAGAGCGAAUCAAUUGAGACUCGAGAUUGUCUGGAGAAUUCCAGAUUGUAUCCCGAAAGUUGCAAUUUGUAUAAUAACGAGCCGGAGAAUGAUAGUUCGAAGGAAGAUAACGCGAAAGACAACGCUUUGAAGAUCGAUCGAUCCGAUUCGCGUGGCGACGCCGAGUCGCGGACGGGGAGCGAGGACGACGUGACGGACGAAAAGAUUUUGGAGAGCAAGAUUCUGGAAAAUCUGGACGAGACAAUCGAUAGAUUCGAUAGCGAAAGGACGCAGCUGACGUCCGGGGAUAGCAAUGAGGAGAAGGAUAGCUUCAGCACGGAUUCUAUACAGAGCGGGAGCCCGUCGAGCGUGAAAGACUCGAAGGACGCCGCUAACCUCCUGGAUACCUUCAAUUCCUCCUGGGACUCGGGAGUCGGGGUGGACGUCGGCAACGGGAGUGGGUGGGUGAGGAUACACACGGGGAUCGAGAGCAGCCUCGUAUAUCUUACUCUGGACACCACAGCUAAGGACGUCUGCAGGGACAUGCUGCUGGGAGACGACUUGUCUCUGUUUGUUCAGUAUGGCGGUGAGCCGGGCAGGAGGUUGGCGUCCCAAGAGAAGCCGCUGGAGAUUCAGGAUCAAUUUCUUCAAAGACUUGGCUACCAGGAUAUAUCCCGGCGCGCUCGUCUGGGAGUUGAUCCAGAACUCAGACAUCUCAUCGGCUUUCACGUAGGACCCGCAUCGCCAUUACCAGAUCUGGCGGGAUACAGCCGUUGCGGCUACACUUUGGUAUUGAAGGGGUUGGUUUUUCCUCAGUGGAAGCGUCGACCUCUGGCCAUCAUCGGCUCCAGGCUCUUCCUUUAUCCGGCUUGUCCGGAAUCGCGAGCAGAAUGGAUGGAACUGGGCGGCGGAGGUGGCGCGGUAUGCUAUGCGCCGUCACGUCUGGGCAAACUCGUUUUGCGUGUCACUGGGUUUCCCAGGGUCACUCAACAGUGCCAUGUGAGCCAACACCCCGAAGAGAGUCACCAUCGUGAAACCAGGCAUCUGUAUCUGGGCUUCCAUCAUCCCUGGGAUCGAGACCUCUGGAAAAGCUGGAUCAAAAAGGCUACGCAAUUGUCGACAUGCCCCAAAAGUUUGGACUUGAGCAAGGCGGGCCUAUCAAGGCUUCCCGACAGCGCGAUAGCUUUUGCGGCGAUAGAGGAGCUCGCAUUAGGAUGCAACCAGUUCACUAACGUUGAUAACAAUCUGAAGCUUCUGCACAGGUUUCCCAAACUUCAUGCCGUUCAUCUGGAGAGCAACAAUCUCCACAGAAUCCCGAGGGAACUGCUGGAGCUGUCGGCGUUGACCUACCUUAAUCUCUCGGACAACAAGAUCGAGAUAAUUCCGGCUGACAUCUGUCGACUGAUCAAUUUGAAAGAGCUGAUCCUUGACCGUAAUGCCAUCAAGGACCUACCGGACGAAGUGACACGGCUGAGAAACCUGAGGAAUAUUUCCCUCGUCGGAAAUUUACUCAACACCGUACCAUCCUUUUUCAACAUGCGAGCUCUCACUCUGACAGAAGUUCUGUCGAAGACAGAUCACGGAAAGUCAUACAAGGAUGAGAAAGUCAAUCAUAGUAAUUUGCACAAGAUCAAUCUAAGAAAUAAUCAACUGAAAGGAAAUAUAAUUUUAGGAAAUUAUGGCAAUCUGACGCAUCUGGAUGUGAGCGAAAAUAGCAUUGAAAAACUGGAUAUCAGUGCUCUACAAGAAUUGAGAAGUGUACGCUGCGGACGAAAUAAUUUAACGGAAUUAACUCUUUGCGGACGAAACCUUGUAUCGCUUAUUGCUGGAAAUAAUAGAUUAAAAAAACUAAUCGUCGAACCUGUGCCAAUUAAUUUGGAGCAUCUGGAUGUUUCAUACAAUAAUUUAGACGCGUUACCGGAAUGGACAACUGAAUUGCCAGCAUUGCGCGUCCUUUUCGCAUCGCACAAUGCUCUCACGGCUCUCCCAGACAGAUUGUUGUCGCAACCCUCGAGACUAGAAGUUCUCCAUCUGCCUCACAACCGACUACAAGCCCUACCGCCGCCCAGGAGACCAUUGAAUAUCGUCCAUUUAACUCUUCAGGGCAACAUGUUGACCACGUUGCCAACGAGUUUUUUCGCUAACACCGAAAAGAUGAAAGUUUUGAACCUCUCCAACAAUCGCCUCUCCGAACUUCCGUAUCGCGAAGAGGCCGGCAAAAUUCACCAGGGAUCGCAUACCUUGGAGAAAUUAUACGUCACGGCAAAUUGUCUAACCGAUACCGCUCUAGACGCCCUCGCGAAGUUUACGUCUUUGAGAAUUCUUCAUAUCGCUUACAACACCCUGGACACACUUCCGGAAAGUUGCAUAGCUGCGUGGGGCGAUCUGGAAGAAUUGGUGUUAUCUGGAAACCGAUUGCAGUACCUUCCGGACAACGUGGCGAAUCUGCGACACUUGCGUGUGCUACGCGUGCAUUCUAAUCGGCUAUUAACGUGUCCCACGUUCAGUAGAACAACGUCCUUGAAGGUGCUGGAUCUGGCGCAUAAUCAAUUGGAUAGGGUAAAUCUGGCCACACUAGUACCGCCGCAACUGCAAUUUCUUGACAUUUCCUGCAACUCUCGACUGCACGUGGACCCGCGACAGUUCCAGGACUACAGAUCCCAAAGGCCGAUUUCUUUAGUAGAUGUGUCUGGACAGAACAGACCUAGUCUGCCAUCUCAUCCGCAUCAACAAGAAAUCGUCGCGGCGGAAAAGAACACCGAACAACCAUGGCGAUUGGGCUUUUCGGAAACUGCCGGUUCGCGCGAAAAGUUGUACAUUUCCCAAGUGCGAAUGCCAUCCUUUUGCAACAUCGAGGGUCUGUUCGGCAUAUUCGAUGGUGGUUCCAACCAGGAAGCACCUAGCGCUCUUCAGGAAAUGAUCCCCCGCCUCUUACUGGAGGAACGAACGGUCCGGGAGACGUCGAAGGAAUAUCUGAAAUACACCCUGCUGUCGGCGCAUAGAGAGCUCAAGGAGAAGGGUCAGAAGUACGGCGUAGACGCAACUCUGGUCCACGUCGUGAAAUUGCCGUCGCAGCAAGGAUAUCCAAAAUCCUCGACCAAGUAUUCUCUGAAGGUGGCUUCCACCGGGGACGCCAAAGCUGUCCUGUGCAGAGCCGCGGGUCCCUUGACCUUCGCUAAGUCCAAGAAGUCUCAGACAGUUAAGAAUCAACUUGGUAACGCGGCCAUGUUCCCGUUGGCGGUGCCCGAUCCGAUAUACGAGGAAGUCGCCCUGGAGGACGACGAUGAAUUUGUCAUAGUCGCUAAUCGGAAAUUAUGGGAGGUCCUGAGCGUCCAGGAAGCCGUGAGGGAGGCCAGAGCUGAAGCGAGUCCCGUCCUGGCCGCCAAGAGACUUCAGGAUCUCGCGCAGGCUUACGGCGCGGAGGACAAUUUAAGCAUCAUCGUCGUCCGGAUGGCGGGACCGAGCCCGGGCGACAUGGAUCAGCUCAUGCGUGAACUCAGGCAUGCCGUUGGUAAAAACCGAAGCCAAGGCGAUAGCGUGUGCCCUUGUCCUUGUUGCGUGCCACCCGCGACGCAUAAGCCACCGGCUGCCUGCUGUUGUCACGCGAACGAAGGCUAUUAUCUUAAUGGCGUGUUAAAGAACAUUGUGAGCAGAUCUAACAAGGUUCACGGUGGUUCCGGAAGGUACUUCAAGAACUCCAGAUCGACGCAGGAAAACGAAAGUCCUCCGUACAGAGACGACCGCAGUUCGCCAAGUGGACAGUCCGAUCAGGCCAGCGACAGCACUUUCAAGUCUCGUCAUCCAUCCGGAAGAAUGUGGUCCGGAAGUGCGGCCGCCAGGGCGACAAAUAAGGCUCAUCAGAGUGUUCUCAUGCAGGAAAACAGCAUGCGAAAAGUAUCAUCCUGUCUAUCUACACAAGAGGAUGCUAUCUCGGAAAGAUCUAGUGCUCUCAGCGAGGAGCAAUUCCGUUGCUGGGAGUAUAUGCUCGAGCAGAACACUCAGCUGCUAUUCGACAAGGAGUUGGACACGCUGACGAAGGCGCCGUUGCAUCGCGGCCAGUCGAGGUCGACGCCACAGCUGGGAAGCAACCUGCCCUUCCUGUCGAAGCGGUUCGGCAGCGCCCGUUCCUUCAACCCCUCGCUACCACGACCGCCAAUGGUCCGCUUCGGCAGCGGACGAAGAAUGCUGAACGGAGGACCGAACGCCGCCUACUUCGGCAGCCUGCAGAGGCUGAUGCCGUAUAAUCUCGAGUACGAUUUCGCCGUUAUCCAGGAGAGAAACGGCAUGGACUCGCUGGAGCAGGACGCCACGAGGAUGCAGCAGUAUUGGGGAGUUGCCACCACGGAAUUGUAAAUGAGAAUCUAAAUUGAGAAUACUAGGAUAAGAUAUAGAAGUGUAAAAAUGCAAAAAAUCUAUUCAACAAUGAACGAGCUUAAUCGCUUAAUUGCGCAGAAUUAGAAGAAUGUCAUUCAAAUAAUUGAUAUUUAUGUAAUUCCUGAAAAAGUUUUCUUUUCUUUUUAAAGUUCAUAUUUUGCAGAGAUAUAGAGAUACGGCAUUUCGUAUCAUCGCCAUCGUAUCUGAUUGCGAAAUCUAACGCGGAAAUUCGUUGCGUCAAACCGUUUGUCAUAUCGCGAUAAAUUUAUAGUUUGCACUCAUUUAUGAACAAUCCAAUGUAACCGAAGUCUUGAAAGGCCCGACGGCGCGAAGUAAUUACAUCUCUGUACUAUAAUUAUCAUUGGCUAAUGGAAUAUAAUUAAUGGAAUACAACGCGACGAAGCGAGAAGAGCUAAUCGUCAACAAGCGCGCACAAUCGCAGUAAUAAUAUCGAUCGUGCUGAUAACAAUGGCAAGGCCAAGAUAAGCUAUGAAGUUCUUCGAACUUUGCGGAAAGAAAGACGGCGGGAUUUGUACCGUCACUUCGGUAAUUCGCUCGUUUAUUGCAGCUGAUACGCGUGCAAUAAAGGGACCGCGGAAAUCACGGUGCAGCCUUUACGCUACACAAAGCUCGCCUUAUUUCUUUAUAACGGUAGACAUGCGAGAGAUCUAUAUCUGCUUUAUUGCGGAACGACUUUACGGCGCUGAGUAACUCCGUAGAAAAUGGGCCAAAUAAUGGAGAGAUCGAAGAAAAUCCGUUUCUGAUCUUCCCGAGAUCGGAGACUGAUUUAAAUAUUUUAAAGUUCGAUCUUAUCUUAUAUGAUCAGAUACUAUUUUAUAUUCUUUUAUUGGAUUGUCCAUAUAUAUUUCCGUUCUAUUAACACGAUUAUUACGAUUUAUCUCAUAAAUCUUCUCUAAAUAAAACUCUUCAAUUUGAUUUAUAAUUAAGAAACAUACAAAGUGUGUGCUGCCCAAUAUAGCAUUAAUUGAACAAAUUAAGGAUCCGAACUCGCACAGUGCAUUUCUGUGCAUUUAAAAUUCUUUAGCGUGUCGAUUAUCUUCUUGUAUAUAUUGAUUUUAUGUUAUCUCGCAAAUCUCAAUUGUUCGUUGCUCCAUUUUUUUAUGUUUAGCAUAUUUAGCGUUAAAUAUCGUUGUGCUUCGUAUUUUUUUUUUCUUACAAAGUUUAGAAAUAUCUUUUGUACAUAAUUAUAUUGCGUAAUAAGUACAAUUUAAUAUAUCUUUGAUGUUGUGACACUCCCACGAUAAACUAUUGACAAUGCCAAGAAACACGUGAUGUUGACGCAAUCGGUGUGAUCUCGUUCUUUCAAUUAUAUGAAUGUCACGUAUCGAUGUUCGACUUACGAUGUACAGGGCGAUGUUUCUAAUGAAUCACACCAUUUGUACGAUAAUUCUGCGCAAAAUGUUAAACGUGUUACAAUAAUCAAAAUAUUUGAAUCGUUAUUUAAAUUUAUAAAAAUAAAAGUUAAUAUAAUCGUUAAUAUGAAUUUAAUAUGAAGUUAAUAUGAAAAAUUGUAACAAAAUAUUCGAGACGACAAUCUUACAAUUCUUUAUUUCAUAGAUCUUAUCGAAAUCUGCCAUUUUGCUAUAAUUUAUUGAUCUAUAUUUUGCAUCAUAAAUUCUUUUGCUAAUCAGUAAAUGACAUUUAACGUUUGUAGAAACUUCUAUUUGGCCAAAGCAAUGCAUCAGAGACACCGUAUAUUUAUGAGAAAGAUUAAGCCCUAUUAUCGGCGUUCAAAGAGCAUGAGUUUUUUUUUUUUUUAAUUCAGUCUUUAUGGUGCGUCAAUUAAGCAUAUUUCAUUCUUCCCCUUAGGGCCUGCAAUUUCAUUAUCUUAGAUUAGCUUAACUCCAAUUCCAUUGGAAUCAAUCACAUUUGUUAAACAGAUUCAGAAUAAAUUAAUUAAUCACAAUUGAUAUUUAAUCGAUAUUUAAGUUAAUAGAAAAUGGUGAAAUUGGCUUUAAUCGGAAUUAUGCUCUUUGAUGAGAAAAAAGAAUCACGUGAAAAUAUUUGAUAAAUGCGAAGACAUUUUUUUCAUUGAUGUAUUAUAGAAUGUGUCCCGAAAGAAAAUAUGUUCCAAUUACAGAUUUAUAUUUGUCUGAAAUGCGAAAGUUCUUUGAUCGCAAGAUAAAUUACGUAUUUAUAAGAAAAAUAAUUUAAAAGAAAAGUUAUUCUGCAAAAGUCAUCGGUAUUAUAUAUGAUGUAAAAAUAGAAACUUUCAAAACUUUAUUUUUUUAUUAUUUAAUAUU